AUGGCUGUCCGCGCUCAAUUUGAGAACUCCAACGAAGUCGGUGUUUUCUCCCGACUUACCAACUCGUAUGCGAUUGUCGCCAUUGGAGCUUCCGAGAACUUUUACAGUGUAUUCGAGGCCGAACUGCAAGAUGUCAUCCCCAUCUGCCAUGCUACCAUCGCCGGAACUCGGAUCGUCGGUCGUCUAACAGUCGGCAACAAGAACGGCCUCUUGGUGCCCACCACCACCACAGAUCAGGAACUUCAACACCUGCGGAAUACGCUGCCAGAUUCGGUGAAGAUCCAACGGAUAGAAGAACGUCUCUCGGCGCUGGGAAAUGUCAUCUGCUGCAAUGACCAUGUGGCAUUGAUCCAUCCGGAUCUGGAGCGGGAAACCGAAGAAAUCAUCGCGGACGUCCUCGGAGUCGAAGUCUUCCGCCAAACCGUCGCCGACAACGUCCUGACCGGCUCGUACAUGGCCCUCUCCAACCAGGGCGGUAUCGUGCACCCCAAGACCUCGAUCCGCGACCAGGACGAGCUCUCCUCGCUGCUGCAGGUGCCUCUGGUCGCCGGUAGUGUUAACCGCGGUAGCCCCGUCGUGGGUGCUGGUAUGGUCGUCAACGACUGGCUGGCCGUGACGGGUCUGGACACGACGGCCACCGAGCUGAGUGUGAUUGAGAGCGUGUUCCGACUGGGCGAGAUGGGCCCCCGGGGUGUCGGCAUGGGCGGUGCCAACAAGGAGAGUAUCGUGGAGAGUUUCUACUAA